CACCGGGGCGUGCUGGCCCUUUAAGACGGAUAUAGACAACAGCUCCCCGGCUUCGCGUCGAUGAUGUCGCGCGUUACAUCUCGUCGGUAAUUUCACACUUCACAGCUGCUGGACAGAUCAUUUACCUCCAUCGUGAUUUCAAGAGGUUAAUUAGUACAAAGUGUGCUUUGACGGUUUCGGUCGCAGAGGAGGAGAAAUGCGACACCGAGCCCAGCCGGCAGGCUCUGUGGUGCGUAAUUGAUUCGUCCAGAUGUACCGCAUAGAAAUGAGGAUUUCAGCGCACAAAGUUGCCUUUGUUUAUUACUAGUGGCCAUCUUUGGAACGCACUUGAAGGCGACCUGACACUGUUAUCAUCCAGUGUGAUUAGAUACAGGGCGCGCAGUAAGGUCACAAUCCCAGAAAUGUAGUCCUGUUUACCAUUUUAAAAAGCACGCUGUUUUGAACAUUAAUUAAAUUAGAAUAUCAUCUCAGACUUUAAGAAAUAAAUAUUAGAAGUUACAACUAUAAUUUGAAGUCGGCCAAAGGCAUAAGUGAGCAAAGCAGCUGUGUAGGGCUCCCCCACCAGCAGGGGGCCCCCAAAAGCCUAAGACUAACAUGAGCAUUGCUUUUUCUUAAAGAGCCCUCUGUUUGAUAACUUUUAGCCUGUUGUCAGCCACUGUUAAUAUCCUAGCUCCAAAGGCCAUAGGAAAAUUCAUAUAAAACAAAACAAAUGGGUUUAUAAUACCGGUUUUCUUUGAGUUCUGACAUGGUGACUCAGAUGUUUUUCCUGUGGAGAAAACAUAAAACAAAUAAGACGUUGUAGUCUUGAAUCACAUCUUUAAUUAAACAUCAACGCAUAUUUUUAAGUAGCACAGAGAAAACGUGUUGUGGUUUAUUAAUGGGAAUAGUGGGAGUUCCUCAUUUUUGAUGGGGAAAAAAGUACUAAUAAAAAUGAAACUUUUUUUUUUCUCGGUAGUUGACCUGCCGAUUUACAAUCAGAGCCAGUCAGGGAAAAAUUAUUACGUUUCUGCUUUUAACACUUUUUAAUCAAGAUGAAUUUGGAGCUGUGGCGAGCUUUGGUAGUUGGAUUAACCUCACAAUUAAAAUCCAUGUAGUCCACAAAAUCUCAGCUUGUCUCUGUUCAGAUAGAGUUUAACCUGUUUAUCUAAAAAACACAAAGUGCUCUUAUGCAUCAUCCACAUCCUAUUAAGGCUUAUCUCUGUAGAUCAUGUUAGAGGCUCUUUAAAGUAUCCAGUGCUGCAACCAGAUGGUUGCAUUAAAAAAUUACUACUGCAGCAGUUUAGCUUUUAGAGAUUUUGUCUUAUUUUUUGCCAUCUAUUAUGAAAGGAUAAAAAUUCUUGGAGGAUUAUUUUCUUUGUAAGUAAAUAAAUAAAAAAAAUAGCAUCAACAGAGCCUUUUACCUAAAUGUGAUUUGAGAUUUGCUGGGAUGCUUUACUCUUGGAUAAUUAAAUCAUCCCCUAAUGCGCAGAUGUAGAUUCUUCUUCUGCAGUACUAAUUUUGGCACAGUCCAAGUCCUUCCUAGAGGGAAGGGGGCAGGAGGACUGCUGCUCUUCAGCUUCCUACUUUUGUUUUUUCAGGACAUCCUGCACACCAGCUGGGCUGUGUGUGUUACCUGCACUGGAACAACAAACAUAAAUGAGCUGUCAUGGAAGACAAGCGUAAGAAACGCAGCCCAAAGGUGUCCCUCCCUCAGCCUCCUCCGCCACCCAUCAACCCCCGCAAGCUCUCCGUCCUUCCUGCCAGCAAAAGUGCCACCUUCUCCCUCGGCCUGCCGCAGCCCCCCUCCCCCAAGAACAGGAGCAAGUUUAAGAGAUCCAUAGGAGCGCCAGGACAGCCAAAGGAGGCGUUCACGCCUGUAGUAGCCCCCCCAAAGACAACACGACCACACAAGGAGAAACCCAAGGCUCCGCAGCCGGCAGGGCCCAGUAAAGUGGUCCAGUCUCCCCCCCUGCAGCACUCCUUCCUUACAGAUGUCUCGGAUGUGAGAGAGAUGGAAGGAGGCCUCCUUAACCUCCUCAAUGACUUCCACUCAGGCAAAUUACAGGCGUUCGGAAAGGUUUGCUCCUUUGAGCAGCUGGAACAUGUGCGGGAGAUGCAGGAGAAGCUGGCACGGCUGCACUUCAGCCUCGACAGCCACGUGGAGGAGCUUUCCGAGGAUCAGAGGAAGGGUGCUUCCGAUCUCAACCUGGAACACCUGCUGUGCAACCUGGAGGAGCUCAGCACCUCAAUACAAAAGCUCCACUUGGCCGAGAAUCAGGACCUGCCCAAGACAUCUGGUCCCUGACGGAGCAAGGUGCUCAGAACGUUCAUGGCGCGCUAAUCUUUUCUGAACAUCACAAAAAGAUAAAAAUAUCAAAAAGAGCAGGUUACCAUGGCAUUAAACCAGUUGCCUUAGAAACGGGACCAGGAAGGUCCAAAGGAGAGGGAGGAGGCCAUUUUUCCACUCAGUCAGUGGAGCUGAGAGGACAUUCCAAUGACUGGAUGCAGCAGAGCAUUAAAUUAGAGCGCAACCAGAAAAAAAAAAAAAAAAAAAUCAAACGCCUCAUUCAUAGCACAGAAACAUGACCGCAAACUAGUCUGAACUGGAAUGUUGAAAAAAAAAAAUGCAUUUAGGUUUUGAACAUUUUCUUGGCAAAAGUGGGUUUGACUAAAAGAAAAAAAAUAAAUAAAUAAAAAUUUUCUGUGACAAAAGAAGCACAUUCCAUGAGCUGUGAAUUUAUACCGGCACUUGUAUGCCAUUCAGUGCAUGUUGCUUUGUUUCAAACGGUGCAUCUGUACCAGUGUUUAACUGGAAAACAUAUUUGACCCUUUAAACAGCAGCAUGUUGAUUGCAGCAGAGGUUUUACGGUAGCUUUGCUGUCAGUAUCAACGUCUCUCUCAGUUUUAUGAUCUGAUGAUUAAACUGAUGCGAUUUAAGCUAAACUUUGGUGAUCGACUGCACAAAAUGUUUGUUUUUUAUAUAUAUUGCUAAGGUAAUGUUUCAGAAUGUAAAAUUUGCUAUUACUUUUCAUUAUUUAUGAGUCAGACUUAGUUGAAGUUUCUGUUCUUGCUCCAAAAACUAUAAAAAUCUUUGUUUCUUACAAGAAAACCUCUAUGGAAAGUAUGUACUCUCUGUACAGUGCCAUUUCAAAGUGGCAGCUACUUUAAUUGUGCAAAACGUAUUGAACAUUGCAGGUGCAUGUCAGUUAAUUAUAACAUAAUUGUUACAUGAGCUUCACCUUUUCAAUUCAACUAUUACAGUUGAAUUGAAAAGGUGAAGCUCAUUUUUUAGAUCUAUUACAUUGUGAUAAUUUGAGGAUUUAAAACAGAUUUUGAAUCAAUAAAUGUUGGCCCAGUUAAAAGUAUACUAAUGUAGUGUACGAGUUGAUGACUCGCCAAUAAGUAACUCUUAUGAGUUGCUUCACAUUGCUUUCAUCUGAACUAUAAAUUCAUUGAGUUUGUUGGCCAAUCAAGCACAGUGAUACCAAACUUAUUAAACAAGGUAUCGGCACUGUUAACCAUGUUGGUAAGUGCCAACUUCUGAAAAAUGAAACCAUGUCUGUGAAACUUGUAGGGUUGUUUCUGUUGCUUGUGCAGUUUUUUUUCCUUCCACUUACCUUUCCAUUAGUAGGGUUUCAUUCAGCACCCUGAAUAGCCAACUUUAGCAAUUAUAUGUUUUUUGUGGA